AGGUUUUUCAUAUACACCAGAAUUCAUCAACGUUAGUUUUUCAAAGCCAGACGACCCAAAUCGUAUCACAGCAAAAGUUCGAUGGCGUUUUCGUAUGUUGUGUCAAUAUUUUCCUGCCGUUAAUCUUCGUGUUUUGUUGUCAGGAAAGACAAAAUUGGAGGUAAUGUGAUUGCAUGCGGGGACGCCAUUUUCUAAGUAAUGGUUAAAACAUGAGCGGCCAGCGAUCUUUACCUGAUAUACAAACUCGAGCCGAGAAUUUGUAUAUCAGAUAAAGAUCGGAUGCUCAUGUUCUAACAUACUUAAAAAACGACCUAUCAUAUGAAUUUAUUGGCGAUGUAAUUUUGAAAAUAAAAAUUGUCUAAGGCGAGAAAAUCAAAGCUGAAGUUUAUGUAAAUCAGGACAAAUCUUGAUUGAACAUUCAUUUCUUUUCAAUAUUUUUUAAGCCACUAUACAGGGUAUAUCUAAAAUGCCGACUGAAAAUUGCAAACAUCCCAAGGCUAUAUUUUCCGCAUUUUACAACAUUUCGCAACGAAACUUUGGAAUAUUACUAACUUUGCGAUGCUCUUUCAAGCUGUGAUGAAAUUUUUGUCUAGACUUGUCUAGAUCAAAAUUUAGUCUAUUACGCAAAUGGUAAAUUUGCAGAGAUUUUGUCUAAAAUCUUAUUUCAUUAUAAAAACUAAAAUCUUAUUUCAUUAUCUUAUUGUGGUUUCAAAAUUGCCUGAUUGGAUUCAAAAGGGUAUUCUAUUCUAUCAUCUCAAACUCAUUAAUAAUUCAUGUCAUCAUGAGUAAAUUAGCCAACAAUAUUGCUUUGUUUUGCUCACGUGAUAAUACUGGAUACCUGAUGAAGUACAUUGAUCCAGUCCUAGGACUGGAUCAAAAUUAAUUCAGUCCUUGGACUCAGGGUGUUAGCCAGGAUUUCAAAAGUGGCCGUCCAAAAUAUUUUUUGGGCGUGGUCACACAUUUUUGUGGGCGUGGUCACAUGUUUUUGGGUGUGGCCGCAAUUUUUUGUUGUUGUGGAAUUGUGGUGUUCUAUUCGUUGAACCUUUUUACUUUUUGAUCCACACAUGUCCGUCGAUACUUCAAUUCAGCCAUAUUCAACGUGUUUUCGACGGGAAAAAGUAUGAAAACAUAUACCAUAAGUAAAGUAAACAGCAGAUGACAACAAUUCGAAGUAUUCAAGAAAUAUUACAAAGCUUGUAAAUUGCUAUUUAAAAAAAUAUUCCCUUUGGCCGUCCAUGGCCGUCCAUUAAAAUUUAGCCGUCCAAAUUCAGAAGUGGCCGUCCGUAGGACGGUCGGACGGCCGCCUGGCUAACACCCUGCAGUUGGACUGGAUCCAAACUAAUUAAGUAGUGAUUUAUUCGCAUGAGAUGUCAUUUCAAAUCCUCCAAUUCGGACUGGACUAGAUUUCAAAUCCUCGCAUUUUGAUCCAGUCCUCGGCUUCGCCUCAGGCUUGAUCAAAUCGCGCGGACUUGAAAUCUAGUCCAGUUCUCAUAGUCGAAUUUGAAAUAUUACUUCAUAGUUUUCAAAUCCAGUCUCUAUUUAGGCCCCUCAUUCUAAGGGCCUGUUCACAUGAUCCCGGGAUAAACAACUGCCCCGCGACAAGUCAUUGACCCGGGGUACUGAUAUCUUCUGUUUACAUGAACAAAACUACCGCGGGUCAUGGCUAUAAAUACAUUACGCGGGAAUCAUAAAAUAUUCCCGCCAACGUGAAACGGUGAAAUAUUGCUAAAUAAAAAACAUUCUGAUAAACGCAAGUCGUAUUUUAUGUUAUGAUAUUUACAAAUAGAACAUAGUUGAUUAUCAGCCGUAAUAAAAUGUGCUCAAUUCAUUGUUUCUGGUUGACCAGAUCAAAUUCUUUGAGUAACAUACUACACUUCUUGGUUUCAAACAUGAUAUUAGCGACAAUUUUAUUUUAAUAUUAUUAGAAUCAUCACUUAUAGAUUUCUAAUGAUAUCUUCAAUCAAAUAACAAGUUUUGUGGAGUCCAACGUGCUCUAAAUGUAAUUUUAGGCGCGAUUUUGAUCGUUUUACAAAAAAAUCAAUUAUCCCGGGACAAAGUUGCCCCGGGUCAAAGUGUUCAAGUGAGGAAAAGUUGUCCCGGCUAGGCGAGUGUCCCUGUCUACAGAGGCGAGGCACUCGGGUCAAUUCUUGUCCCGGGACAAGUAAAAUAUCAUGUGAACAGCACUAUUCUUUUUCUAAGGAGCCGAGACAAUUUUUGUCCCGCGACAAUUGCUUGCCCCGAGACAUAACGCUGUCCCGGGUUCAUGUGAACAGGGCCUAAGGGCCUGUUUAUAUGAUCCCGCCUAGACGGGACGGGACGUUUUCAUCCCGCCUAGACGGGAUACUCGCCUAGUGUUUAUAUGGACAAAGUACAUUACCGGGAUGAAGCUAUUUAAGUGCUUGACGUCAUAUUUUUGUUGCAAUAAAGGCAUUUACGCAUGCUCAAAAGGGAAAUAUUCAUCCCGCCUAGCCGGGAUGAAGUGUUUAUAUGGAAAUUUUUCGUCCCGCUGCUAGGCGGGAUGAAGUGUUUAUAUGAGAAUUUUUAUCUCGCUUAGGCGGGAUCCCGGCAUCUGUUGCCGAGAUCCCGUCUAGGCGGGAUAAGUGGCGGGAUCAUAUAAACACUCUUUAGAAUUUGUAUUACGAGCGGGAUCUCGGUAAGCAUCCCGUCCCACCUGGCCGGGAUCAUAUAAACAGGUCCUAAUACGUCCCCAGAUGACCCUUGGGUCGAUGUUGCCCCAAGGGAUGGGAGAGUAAAGAUAACCAGCCCGCUGUUUCUUUUUUGUAUAGAAAAAUUUCCACAAGUUUAAAUAUCUUGCUUUUGACUCAAACAAAGUGUAUGCAGACGAUGAAACCUUAUUUCCAAACCUUAUUCCGUAUUCAAACUAUGCUCUUCAAUUUAUAACGAAUGAUAAGUCGGGAGAUCCAAGGAAACGCGUCACAACCACUAAAAGCUUUACAACUCCCUAUGGAGGUAAAUAUGACAUACUUUUGACAAUUUUUCCUUGCUUGGAGGUUCAAAGGCGCUAUUACACUAUGCAAUUUGUCUCGCAAUUUUGUUGCGACACAAGUUGCACGCGAAAUUGCAAGGACAGCAACAAUCGUGGACAAAACUGUUAAUAAAACUAAUUAAUAUC